AAAAACGAAACCUCUGGUAAGAUCCAAACUACUUGUCUAGAAACUGAACAAAGCCUCUGCUGCAAGCAAACUCACAAACAGAUAGUGAGCAUUAACAUAAUCGAGUUUAGCUUUCACAAAAUCUACUAAGAAAUCCAACCAAAACCAUGGUUCUCGAGGCGACUAUGGUAUGCAUCGACAAUUCAGAAUGGAUGCGAAAUGGCGAUUACUCUCCUUCUCGAUUACGAGCUCAAUGCGACGCCGUUAGUCUUAUUUGCGGAGCCAAAACACAAUCUAAUCCGGAGAAUACUGUGGGGAUUUUGACGAUGGCGGGAAAAGGGGUUCGUGUUUUAACUACCCCAACUACCGAUCUUGGAAAAAUAUUGGCUUGUCUACACGAACUUCAAAUGGGGGGCGAGAUGAACUUAGCAGCUGGUAUCCAGGUUGCUCAACUUGCUCUUAAGCAUCGCCAAAACAAAAACCAACGCCAGAGGAUCAUAGUUUUUGCUGGAAGUCCAAUCAAACACGAUAAGAAGGUCCUGGAGAUGAUAGGAAAGAAAUUGAAAAAGAAUAGUGUAGCUCUUGACAUUGUUAAUUUUGGUGAAGAAGACGAUGGGAAGCAGGAGAACUUGGAGGCUCUACUUGCUGCUGUAAAUAACAAUGAAAGCAGUCAUAUAGUUCAUAUUCCUCCUGGUCCUAAUGCUCUUUCUGAUGUACUUAUUAGCACACCCAUAUUCAAUGUUGAUGGUGAAGGAGGAAGUGGCUUUGCUGCUGCUGCAGCAGCAGCGGCAGCUGGUGGUGUUUCUGACUUUGAAUUUGGUGUAGAUCCCAAUAUUGAUCCUGAGCUAGCUCUUGCCCUCAGAGUUUCUAUGGAGGAGGAGAGAGCAAGGCAAGAAGCUGCUGCCAAGAGGGCUGCUGAUGAAGCUGCUAGACAAGGAAAAGGGGAGGAGCCCUCUUCUAAUUCACAGGAUGCUACCAUGACUGAGAAUGUUAACACAGCUACUGAAGCAACUGAGAAAACUGCAGAAGUAAUGGAUGAGGAGAAUGCGUUACUGGAGCAGGCUUUUGCUAUGUCCAUGAAUUUUCCUGGAUCUGAUGCCUCCGUGGCCGAUGCUGAUAUGUCAGAUGCAACUCAUGAAGAUAAGGAGUUGGCCUUGGCUCUUCAAAUGUCCAUGCAAGAAGGUACAAAAGAUUCAUCAAACCCAUCAGAUAUUAACAAGGUUUUGGGGGAUCAGUCUUUUGUCUCAUCCAUCCUUACAUCACUUCCAGGAGUUGAUCCAAAUGAUCCUUCAGUGAAAGAUCUGAUUGCAUCUCUGCAAGGUCAACCUGAGUCGUCCCAACAGAAGAAAGAUGAAGAUCAGCCACCGAAUGCUGAUAAGUGAAGAUGCUGUUAACGCUGCUGCUGAAUCUUCAAGCGAAAAUUUUCAUUUCAGAACCCAGCCGUUCCUCGUUAACUGGAUCACUCCUUGAUUGCCUUGUAUCUGGGGGAACUCUUAUGUUUCUCCUGAGAGAUUAAAACACAAGAACAGAUGCAAAAAGAGCUUCUGGAUAUUUGGAAAGAACCCUAUUGAACUAUUGUUUGAACCGUUGUUUGUAGUCCCCAAGAUUGGAGUGAUCAGUGAUAUGACUGUAUUCUUGUCAUUAUAUCUUUUUUACUGCUUGGAAACACCUUUGCAAGAUGGAAAUUAAUGACCUAAACCUCGUGUUUUGAUUUA